AAAUAACACACAAGGAGAGAGACGAACCGAGGCUUGUUUUAGGGGGAGGAGGAGGGGUGAAUGGAUGCGAGGGAGACGUCGACUCUCACCUCCCUCCGUGUCUUUUGGCCGCACACGCACACUCGGCCAAAUGUCAAGCCGCAGGGUGGGCUUCUGCCUCAGCGACAAGAAGCGCAGGAGGAUGAACCUGGACGCCUUUGCACAGUUCUGUGCGGGCCAUGGAGUGGAAGUGCUGGAGAUCGACCUCACUCAGCCGCUGGAACCUCAGGGACCCUUUGACAUCAUUGUUCACAAGCUGUCUGACGUCAUUGUGGAGGCAGAGCACGACAGCCAGUCACAGCAGCUCCUCGCCAACUUCCAGAGCUACGUGUCAGCUCAUCCCAGUACCAUCCUGCUGGACCCCCUGCCUGCCAUGACUCAACUACUAGACCGCUUCGCCUCCUACCAGAUAAUGAGCAAGCUGCACAACUCACUCCGAGACUGGCGCAUCUGCAGUCCUCCUUACCUGGAGAUCCACAGUGCCAGCGAGCUGCCGUCCGUUCAGCAGGCGCUGAUCACUCAGGACCUCAGCUUCCCUCUCAUUUGUAAAACGAGGGUGGCGCACGGUUCACUUUCCCACGAGAUGUCCCUGAUCUUCAGCGCGAGCGGUCUGGCUGAUAUCCAUCCCCCCUGUGUGCUCCAAAGCUUUGUGAACCACGGAGCUGUUUUACACAAGGUUUUUGUGGUAGGAGACAAACACUACUGCGUGGAGAGACCUUCACUCAAGAACUUCCCGUCAGGUCCCUGUGACAGGAAGACCAUCUUCUUCAACAGCCAUCAAGUGUCCAAACCAGAGUCGAGCUCUGAUCUCACAGCUCUGGAUGAGCAGAUGCCGUAUGUGCCUCCUCCCAGCUCGGAGGCCGUUGCCGCCCUGGUGAAGGAGCUCCGGGCUCAGCUGGGCAUGGCCUUGUUCGGCGUGGACGUCAUCAUCGACAUACGCACGCACACGCUCACCGUCAUCGACAUCAACAUCUUCCCGGGUUACGAGGGCGUGCCUCAGUUUUUCUCCUCUCUGCUCAGCCACAUACAGUCGGUGUUGGACACCUCACCUGGACCUCUGGCCACUGGAUCUCCUUAGUCAGCACAAACUACACGUGGUCCUGGGCUGCAACAGCUAAUCACUAAGGCAGCUUGGGUGGAACUGGAGAUGAUCAAAAAAUCAAAAGUGUUUCAGACUUCAAGCCACAGUUUUUAUGGACCAAAUAGUUAUAAUAUUUUCUUAAUUUUUAAUUUGUGACUUAACCUUAAACUCUCCGCUGUAAAUCACACUAAUGACAUCGUGCUGCUUAUUGUUUCUGCUU